CUGUCAUGCACGCGGCUGGAAGAAGAAACUGCUGAAGAGAUCAGCCGGACAGACAGAGCCUUCAUGAUACUGCCCACAUCACACGCAUUUCCUCAACGAAGUCGCCAAGAACACGCACCGUACACCGCGCAAGACCUAAAGGAAAUCCUCUUUUAUUGCCCUUCAUAAAAGCCCCAGUGUCAUUUAGUGAGAGAUGCCGCCAAGGACCGGACUUUUGCUGCUCGCCGUGCUCAUCGCCUCCGCGUAUGAACUGGAUCAGAACGAAUCCUACUCGCCCAGGAGAGCACGCUUCUCCCACAACAGCCCCUCGGAUGUGGCACGCUGCUUGAACACUGCACUCCAGGUGGGCUGCGGUGCCUUCGCCUGUCUCGAAAACUCAACCUGUGACACAGAUGGCAUGCAUGACAUCUGCAGGUCCUUUCUCUACAGUGCUGCUAAAUUCGACACUCAGGGAAAGGCUUUUGUGAAAGAAAGCUUGAAGUGCAUCGCCAAUGGCAUCACUUCUAAGAUCUUUCUAACAGUCAGACGGUGUUCCACCUUCCAGAGGAUGAUAUUGGAGGUUCAAGAGGAGUGUUACAGCAAGUUGGACAUUUGUACAGUGGCCAAAUCAAACCCAGAAGCCAUUGCAGAGGUGGCUCAGCUACCCAGCCACAUUCCCAACAGGUUUUAUGGGAAACUACUGCAGAGUUUGAUGGAGUGUGACGAUGAGACGGUGGACCUGGUGAGGGCAAAUCUGUUGACCCGAUUAGGGCCCGAGAUCACCAUGCUCUUCCAACUACUGCAGAACAAGCCGUGUCCGUCUGCUGCAGUACCUACUGGAAUGGAGACUCGUGGUGGGUGGCGGUGGUCUGUCAGUCCCCAUGGAUACAAGAACCAGCCAAAUCUACGCAACAGAGAUGCCUCGAAUCUCUUUGGCAAGAAACGCAACAUUGGUGACAGCUCUUAACUUCAGACCAAUUUGCCAGUCCAAACUUAGCCAUCGAGCACACAUACACAAACGCAAAGUGAAAACACACACACACACACACCACACACACACACACACAAAAAGAAAGCAAGACAAAACAGUGGUUUAUUUUCUGAGGCUAUACAGGGACACAUUCCUUCUCAACUGGAAAAAGGCAUGCACCAGUGCGAAAACAUCUCGAAUGUCAAAUUCUCUGUUUAUCACUUCAUAUUCGACGGAAAGAGUUUCACGCGUUACCGGGACUUCGAGGGCAAAUCGGUAGGGUUUACAGACCGAUCCGUGAGUAGGUCAAGUCAAGGUCGUCGUGAAACCCAGUGGGAGUCAUCGAAAAUAAUAAUAAUAAAAAAAAACAAUAAAUAGCCAUUUGUAUAUGAAAUAUAUCUUACAGAGAUUACAGCAAAGAAAAUGUAUCUGUAUAUAAACUGAAUCUAGCGUUGAUGUGAAAUAGUUGGCAUGUGUUAUAGAAAUAAGAGUGUACUAUUUAUUUAUUAACAGAUAUUUUACUACUACUUUAGCUGUUAAUCUCAAAUUGCCACUAGCCUUUUUGUGAAACUCUCCCAUUUGGCGAGAGCUAUCUUUAAAGAUCUAUGUGCAGGAAUUCAUUAAAAACCAAAAAACUGAAGUUCACUUCAAACGCCGUAAAUCAUAAGCGUCUAGCACAGCAACAGUAGAUGUCAGCGAUCCACACUGGACGACCAAUCAUUAUUUAUAAAAAAAAAAAAGGGAGAGAAAACUUCUCUUCAAAUUCCUUCGGCUUCGUUCUGUAGACCUACAGGAGCUUUUUUUUUUCCACUGUUCGAAAACAUUUUCUUGACUCUUGGAUCGUCUCUCUACUUAUGAUCUGUUCAAGUAGUGCAGUACAAAUAAACUCUGAGAGGAAAUUCAGUUCGAAGCCCUGAGCGCAUUGUUAGCGCUAUGUCUAAACACAUAUUUUGGCCAACUUAUUGGAGAGAUGAACAAAUUACUCCCUGGUGAAUAUGACAUGCAGAAGUGAGUUCAAGCACGCUGUUCCCAGCAUUGCUGAGACGACAAAAAAACCCAUAAAAAAACCCUAAAAAAACUAAAUGUCUAUUUAAAAACUUAUUAAUUGACUUAUUAAUAUUUAUUUUCUUACUGUAUUAUUUAAAUGUUUAUUUUAUUACAUUUCUGUGGGCAAUAUUAGUUCAUUCAGCAAGCAUCGGUUUACAGAUAUUGUGCUUUUUAAUUGCUUAGGCAUCCGUUUUUGGGAGCUAUUUUAAAUUUAUUUAAUCGAUCACUUUAUUUAGUCAUUCUGAGUUGACUGUACAAGACCCAUGUAAUGACUCUGUGCUGGUCAUGGGGGAACACGCUGGUCAUAUGAGUCAGGUGAAUGUUAUAUGGGACCACUAUAAUGCAAAAGUUUAUUGAGCAUUGCCACAUGCUGUGUAUACAUUCAGGGUUAAUCAGCUAUAUAGAGUAUAUCAUUAGCUUUAACAGAGUAACUGACAUCCAGUAUUUCAUAGCGCUGGAGGGCGAUGCGGUUCAGCCAUCGUACACGUUAAUUUGGGGCAGUCGCUGCAAAGUGUUUUCCGGAGCCAUUCUCGACACUAUGCAAUAUACAACGUUUCAGAAAGGCCUGUUUCUCUCAGAGUGUUUACCCAGGGUGAAUGGGGAAGAUCUCUUUGUAAGUGCUUCUUGAGGAAGGACUGGAGGGCAGCGUUUGGCUUGGGAAUGAUGGAGGAGCGAGGGCCAAAUCCAAUCAAACUACCGCAAAACCACUUUUUGACUAGUCCCGUCCAAAAAUAAAUUCCAUAGCAAAGAAGCCAUUUCACCACUGAGCGAUUUAACCAUUAAAAUGACCAAUCUGCAUCCCUUAAUAUGUCCCAAUUCUUUUGAAAAACACAGCCUAGCCAUUAAACGGCUUGUUUUAUGGUGAACUUACACUGGCGCCAUAUUGGUACUGUGGUGAUAAUACAGCAGUUUGAUUGAAUUGGACCCAAAGAGUAAUGAGAGAGAAGAACCGGAGGGGCAGAAUGACUGUUUUUUCCUUAAACCAAAUGAUCUGCAAAUCUAAAAGUAAUUCACCAAACUAUGCAAUAAUCGCUAGAAAGGUUUUAAACUAAAAUCCAUGUUAUCGAGCCCUAAGCGGAAAAAGGGCCGUUUAAGUUUUGAGACUUAAGCAGUAGCUUUUUUCUUCACCCAUAUGAAAUCAGAUCCCCAGUCCCCCCAGUUAUCCUUUUUUUUUUCUGAUUUCUUUAUUUGACUUCCCUGUUUCUGGCCAAAAUGUUAAUUCACUUUCUCUCUGUGUGUGUGUAUAUGUGUAGUUAUAAUAAUAUAUGCACUUUCUGUCUCAUAGGACCACUAUAAAAGGGCAUUGAAGCAUAAUCAGAUUCUGCUCAAACACACCAGAAUAGCUGCUGUAUUCUUGUUGAACAGGCAGGGAUGUAGUGGCAUAGUGAGGAUUUUUUUUUUUUUUUUUUCCUUUGUUUUUGUUUGGGAAAUGGGGUAUGAUAAUAUCGCAAUCUAUUAAACACCAAGGAAGUACCUGUACCAAGCAAAGCUGCUAAACUGUUUUCCAACCCCACUGUGUUAAUGCUAAAGCUAUUUUUCAAUUAAAAUCCCAUCGAUUUGUUCAACCUUCACUGUGUGCGAAUCAUGAUGAACAUGACCAGUGACUCAAUUAUGCAUUACCAUUUUCAACCGCAGUUCUGGUAUCUCAGCAACAAGGUGUCCAUACCAUCUCCAGAGAAACAGCAGCGAGUGCAGACGUUUGCCUCAAGCCAGCUCAAAGACAUCUGAUUUUGUGUUUAAAAAGAUGCUGGCGACCUACUCUUAAGUAGCAUUAAAGUUGGAUUUUCGGCGCUGUUCGGAAGGUUUGGCCACUCUUGUACCGAUCACUAGUUUUCUUCUGUUACUGAAUCAAAGGGAAAUGUUAGUGUAAAUGUAUGUUAUUUUGUUAAAUUAUUACAUUGCAUUUGUUAGACUGCUGUGGAUAUAAGGCUUUUUUUUUUCUCAUUCAAAGCCUCUCUCAUGUAGCUUACCAUUCUAUUCAUAUUGUGAUUCAGAGAAUUUUCAAAGUUCUAAUGGAUUUUGUAAAACUUCAGAGAAUGUAUAUUUUAUCAAAUGUCUGUAUUUGGUGCAACGGGGUGCCUACGGCGCUGAAAGUUUAGUGCAGCCCUCUGGUCAUUUGAACUUGAACAGCAUUGUGUCCUUAUCACGAUUUAUGGUGGAUUAGCAGAGCUUGGAGACUGACCCUUCUUGUUGCCAAAUUUAAAGUUUAUAUAACCACUGCCUCAAGGAAUCAUCUAGACUUCAAGUCUUAGACUUGAAUCGAACGUUCUUUGCCUGCGUUAUAGAAAUAGUUUAGAAUGUAGUGAGCGGGAAUGAUUGGAAAUUGACGUUCUGUGUGAUCAGAUUGUCCCAGACAUGUUUCAGGUUAGUUUAGUGCUUAUUAAUAUUGUCAUUUUACAUCAUAACCAGAGAGAUCAGGAUGCACUGCAAUAGAAGAGAUCUGUUUCUACAGGUCCUUCAUUGUUUCUGAUUUCUCCUCUUUGAUCCAGGGCCCUGAGGACUAUAGGCUACACAAGCCAUUAAACUGUAUGGUACUCUCUCCUCUCAAAACUUGAAUCCACUUAUAUCACUCAUAUUCCUGUUUAUGUUCAAAUGUUAAGAUUCAAUGUUUUUUUUUCUUUCUUUUUUUUUUUCCUUUUAAAAUGCAGUAUGAAACCAAAAUAGGAAAAGAUUGUUUUGCAAGGCAUUCUAUUCAAGGCAUUCUAUUUUUUCGUCCCUAAUGUUACACACGAUGGAAAUUUGUGAUUGAUUUGCACUUUAUACUGAACCCAUAUACAUAUAUACCUGUGUAUAUGUGUGGGGUUUCUUUCUGUGCUGACAGGUCAAAAAAAGAAAAAAGAAAAGAAAUACAUCAACUAUGUGUCUUUUACUGUGUAAUAAUAAACUAUGAUCAGAUCUCUCA